UUUGUUUUUGUUGUGUUGUGGUAGUUGUAUGGGUAUCUGUGUCGUCUACAGUUUCUCGCGUGUAAAUAUUCUGUUUUAUCAGCUGUUGCAUCUGAAAUAAGCAGGUCAACCCUCGUGUUCGGGUUGAACGUGGGACAGAGAAACUUCAUUUUCUUGAUUAAUGAUGCAAGAUGACACAAAUGGUGAAUCUUCAUUUGAGUUUGUUGAACGAAAAAUUGAAGGCAUCUCUCUAGUGGAUAACGCAAUGAGGCAAGAAGUGCCACUUGGUGCUUCUCUUAUACCCCCAUCAAUGGCUACUCAAGGACUUGGAGGUGUGGAACCGCCGUCUGCCUUACCCAGUUUUAUUGAACCAUCUCCUCGACCAUCUAUAGACAAUACGACUGCAGCCACCUCUGCAACCUCAGGAACCAGUACAGCAUCUUCAGAUCCCUCCUCUUACAACCCAGCUGCAAGCGCAUUUUACCCCAAAACGUUCAGCCCAGUCAUCCCUGCAAGCAAAGGCAGUGAUGCAUCUCUUAGCACAGUGGAUAGCAAUCUCGAGACAGAUCCUAAUGCUGGAGUGAGCAGCCAACUACUUGGAUGGGUUAAGGGAGCUGUUGGUGGCAGUGCAGGCAUAUUGUCUCGUGUCACAGAAAAAGCCAAAAGUUCUAUGAACUCAAUGAUAACAACACUUGAUCCUCAAAUGAAAGAAUUCAUAUAUUCUGGAGGUGCUGUUGAUAUAGUUGUUGCCUCCGAUAAAGAAAUUAAAAUUAGUCCAGUCCGUGAGGCAUUCCAAUCAGUAUUUGGCAAAGCUACAGUGACUGGUCUACAGGUCAAUACUUCGACAGUUGCUGCUGCACAGCCUGUAGGUUUUGCUGCAGGUGUAAAGGCUGCUGAGGAAAGAAUAUCAGCUGUGCGGAGUGCACACAACAUCCCACCCGAACAAACUGUUCUUGCUGUUGAGAACUUUUUGGUUGAGAUUGGAGAGAAUAAGUGGUUUGAUGUUGGGGUUUUGAUUUUGAGUGAUCCAGCUCGAGAAAUCACUCUGGAGACUUUUACACAACUAACACCAGUUCCUGCAGCUGUUGUGUCCUUAGCGCAAGAGGACACACCUGCAGAAUAUCCUCUGAGAUGGUCAGGCUUGAGUGUAACUGUGGGCAGUAUAAUGGCUAAUAAUCUGCAAGUGCCUCAUUCCGAGUGGCACCAAGCUCUUACUGGUGUUUCUCGUCGUGAAAUGAUUCUUCUUGCUGCCAAAAUUUUGGCAGGCUUAUACAAGAGCAGUGUUGGUCCUAUCCUGUAAUAUUCUUGUUGGCCUUCUCUUGCUCAGAAUGAAUAGACCUUUCCUCUAAAAAAAAAAAAAAGUUAGAUAUAUUUACUAUCUAGAGAAAGAUGCUAUGUAAACUUUUUUCCCAAAUGUACUGACUUGUACUUAAUAAUGUUACAAACUUUGUGAUGUUAUUUUGUUCAAGCCCUUGUUGUGAUCUGAUUCACUUGUUACAAAAAUGUUAAUAAUAAAUUAUCUGUGAAAUUAGAUUUUUUUUUUUCGGGAAAUUAUAUGGUACUGCAACUUAUUAGAUUGAAGGUAUCUACAUAUGUAUUUUCUGUCUAACUAGAAAAACACAGUUUUUCAUCUGGGAUCAUCACACAGGGUGGCAGAAAGCCAUUGAAAGUCGGUGCCAAGAAAAUUACGUGUUCUUGUUAAAAUUUCAUACUAUACCAUUUCCAUGCUUGUUACACUCAUGUAAACUACUCAAUGUAUUAUAUGUAUCAAACAGUUCUUAAAUUUAUUUUUGACCAUGUUCUGUAGUGUUUGAAAAAAUUUGUCUAUGUUCUUUUUUUUUAUUUAAAAAUAAUAGAGUGAGUGCAGCUUGAAAAAAUAGUUAGUUCAUGGCAUAUGCAUACUUGAACUCAUUUCACAUUGAUAUUAAUUUCAACCUGAUUUAGGCCCCAAUAUUGACCAAUGUUGAAAUAUUUACGGGUCUUGUGAGACUACAUGUUUAUGAUGUGUGACGUUUUUAACUUGCACUCAUUCUAAAGAUUCAGAUGUGAUAAAGAUAAUGUAUGUAUUGUACCUAAUUGUUCUGUAUAGUCGUAACUUUUUACUGACAUAAUCAUCUACUUGUUCUGUUGCAUCGUGUAUUUCAACGCUCUUUGAAUUACAUGGACUCAAUCAUU